AUGCGAGUUAUUAUAUUGUUCUUAUUUCCUUUCUUAUUAAAUUCUACAUUUGCCUAUAAUAUUCUUAUAUAUUCUCCUGCUUUUGCAACAAGUCAUAUGAAUUUUAUGGCACAUUUAGCAGAUACUCUGACAGAAGCUGGACAUAAUGUCACAUUUUUGGUCCCAAUGUCUGAUGAAAAACUUCGAGAUCGCAUUAAAGUUCAAACAAAAAAUAUAAUAAUUGUGGAUCAAGAUGAGAUUCAAAAAUCGAACAAAUGUUCAGGAAUGAAUAAAAUGAUGCAAUCACUCUGGACUCAUAUUGAUAGUCCUGAAACAAAUCGAGCACGAUUCAAAUUAUUUGGGAAUCAGACAGUUGAGACAUGUGCUAAUUUAUUGAGAAAUUCAGAGAUUUUCGAGAGGUUAAGAAAAGUUGGAUUUGAUGCUGCAAUAACUGAAUCAUUAUCAAUAUGUGGAUUGGCAUAUUUUAAAAAGUUAGGAAUUGAUAGAACUAUCAUUGCAACAUCUUGUACGAUGUUUGAUAAUAUUAUGCAAUUAAUUGGUGAACCAGAUCAUCCAUCUUAUGUUCCAGGUAUUUUGUUCGGAGAGAGGCUUAUCAUUAUCAGAUAAUUUUCAGCAUUGCAAUCGUUGUAUACUGAAAAAAUGAAUUUAUACCAGAGAUACCAGAAUUCUAAAUACAGUAUUUCUCUUCAAAAAACCAUGCGUGAAAUUUUCGAUCUGGAAAUUCAACUAUUUUCAAAAUGGGAUAUUUCAAAUUGGCAUGAUUUUUAUUCUGAAACAUCUCUGGUUUUUGUAAAUUCAAAUCCAUACAUCGAUUUUCCUCGUCCAAUAAUUCAGAAAACAAUUGCAAUUGGAGGAAUUAGUGUAAAUGUUGAUAAAAUUAAAUCACAAAAAUUAUCAGAAGAAUGGAAUAAUAUUUUGGAUAAAAGAUCUCAAAAUAUGUUGAUUUCAUUUGGAAGUAUUGCAAAAUCAAUGGAUAUGCCAAUUGAAUGGAGAACUAAUAUUUUGAAAGUUAUUGAAACAUUUCCAAAUGUAACUUUUAUUUGGAAAUAUGAAUCUGAUGAAUUGAAAUGGGCUAAUGAUAUUGAAAAUGUUGUAUUUUCGAAAUGGACACCACAAACUACAUUGUUAGGUUGGUUGAGAAAAAACUUCGCAGUUCAAAAAAAUGAAACUAUUCAAAAACAUUGUUUAGGUGACAAACGAGUUACGGCAUUUUUAACACACGGUGGUUUGGGAAGUACAAAUGAAUUGGCUUAUCUUGGAAAACCGGCAAUAAUGAUUCCAAUUUUUGGGGAUCAAAUGAGAAAUGCAAAUAUGCUCGAAAGACAUAAUGGAGCAAUCAAAUUAUCAAAAUUUGAUUUGGCGAAUUUUGAAUUGGUGGAAAAAUCAAUCAAUAAUAUUUUGAAUGAUGAAAAAUAUUUCAAAAAUGCAGAAAAAUUGGCACAUUUAUUAUCAAAACAACCAAUGAAACCAAAAGAAACAGUUAUAAAAUAUGUUGAAUUUGUUAGUGAAUUUGGACCAUUUCCAACAAUGGAUCCAUAUUCAAGAAAUAUGUCGAAAAUACAAAUUUAUAUGUUGGAUAUUUAUUUUAUUAUGUUUUUAUCAUAUUCUAUUCUACUUUUUGCAUUUCUAGUUUUUGGUCGAUUUUUGUAUAAUUAUUUGAAUUUUAGAAUUCUAUUUUACAGAAAUAAGAUUGAUUGA